CGGAAGUGAGCUUCUACCGGAAAUACGUGCGUGUAGUCCGUUUCAUCAUCAGCGCGACUGUACUCCAUUUCCCACAAUGCAUUGCGCGCGGUCACCAUGCGUGAUGUCGCUGUGCUCGGGGUCUCUGAAUGACAGAAAGGACGUGAAUAAACGCGUGUGUGUGUUUUAGGGAGAUCACAUCACUCCUGUAUGUAGCUGUGCACAUGUCUCGUGGUGCUUUGUGUGUUUAGACACAGGACGGGCUCAACUUUGAUCAGUUUAGCAGCUGCUGAACCGAUGAGAUAUUGAAGUCAGGUCUCUGUCAGACUGUGGUCUUGUUUCUCUGCUGGCAGACCGGUGGGAGCAGAAGCUAGUUUGGGAUGCAGCGGUUAGUGUGUGCGAGAGUCUUCCGGCAGACUGCUGUCCUGCUGCAGACCAGUCCUCCGUCCCGCAGCCGUCCCGCACAGAUGCUGGCUCCCGCGGCCCACAGCUGCUGGAAACGCCUGAGCUCCAGCCCGCGAUGGUUUUGCUCCCAGAGAAACACCGGCAGAGAUCAUCCGGGAAACCCUGCUCCGGCGCAGGAGGAUCCGGACCCUCUGCAGGACAAAUCCAUUGGCCUCAUUCAGAGAUUCAAGAAAACCUUUAAGCAGUACGGCAAGGUCGUGAUCCCUGUGCACCUGCUGACCUCUACAGUGUGGUUCGGCACUUUUUACUACGCUGCAAUGAAAGGAGUGAUUUUGGUACCCUUUCUGGAGUAUGUUGGGUUUCCUGACAAGGUGGUGAAACUCCUGGAGAAUUCCCAGAGCGGCUACGCACUGACCGCUUAUGCCAUGUAUAAGAUCGCCACACCUGCGCGCUACACGGUGACUCUCGGAGGAACGUCGCUGUCCGUGAAGUACCUGAGGAAGCACGGAAUACAUGUGUCCACCCCUCCACCCGUGAAGGAAUACCUGCAGGAGAAGAUGGAGGAGACCAAAGAGCAUGGAAUCUCUGGGAAAAUGGAGGAGACCAAGGAUCGUAUAUCCGGGAGGAUGGAGGAAACCAAAGACAAGUUCACAGAAAAACUUCAAGAAACCAAAGACAAAGUGUCUUUCCGAAAGAAAAAGGAAUAGGUUUAUAGACUUACUCCCCUCAUAAUUUCAUGAAGAU